AUGGCAAGCGCACAGUUUUCCCGUCGUCUUCCCCUCUUCUUCUUCUUCGAGGUUGCAGCCGUCGCCGUCCUCGCGGCGCUGCUGCCGCUGGGCGGCCAUGCGCGGGCCUGCCCCCCGUGCGGCUCGACGGCGGUGCCGUACCCGCUGAGCACGGCCGACGGGUGCGGCGACCCGGCGUACAAGGUGCGGUGCGCGGCCGGCGCGUCCACGCUCUUCUUCGACGCGCUCAACGGCACCUCCUACCCGAUCACCUCCAUCUCGCCGGCGGCGCAGCGCCUGGUGGUCGCCCCGGCGCCGCUGGUGUCCAACGACAGCUGCGUGUCCGUGGGGGCCCCCGCAGGGCGCGGCGUGCAGCUGGACCCGACGCUGCCCUUCAACGUCAGCUCCUCCAACACCAUCAUGCUCCUCAACUGCACCGCCGCGCUGCUGCGCUCCCCGCUCAACUGCUCCUCCACCUCGCUCUGCCACGCCUACGCCGACGCAGCGCGGUCGCCCUGCGCGCCGCUGCCGCUCUGCUGCACGUUCGUGGCGGGGGGGUCGUCGACGUCGCACCGGAUCCGCGCCUCGCCCGAGCUCUGCAGCGCCUACGCCAGCUUCGUGGACCUCGACCCAGCGCAGCCGCCGGCGACGUGGGGCGGCCGGCUCGGCCUGGAGCUGCAGUGGGCGGCGCCGAGGGAGCCGCUCUGCCAGACGCAGGCGGACUGCGAGGACGGCGCCAACGCCACGUGCGCCGGCGACCCGGCCGCGGCCGGCGCGGUGCGGCGAUGCCUCUGCGUCCCCGGGCUAGCGUGGGACCCCGUCGCCGGCGCGUGCCAGCAGAGUACGUUGUCGAUGAAUCAUCUGGCGAUAUACUAG